AAUAUCGGACAGGUGCUCGAUAGUGACAACACAGUGUUCAAAAUGCUAACGUCGGAGCAGGUUUGAAUUUUCGUGGCGCGGAUCAGCCGGUGAGAUUUCUUCAUGUAGAAUGUCAUCUAAAAUCAGCAAACGAGUGGAUUCCAAAUCGCAAAAGAGAUUAUCUGUGACUUCAAAAUGCCUUGCUAUUGUGUUGUCACCGGACGAAAACGAGUCGGGAAAGACUCCACCAGAAUUGUCAGGGAAAGUAAUUUUGGAUGACUUCAAGCUUCGGAAUAAAACGUGUUAUUGGAACCCGGCACUUGUUGAAAGCAUUCAAAAUCUGGAGUAUAAGGGAUAUGUUGAGCCUGACACACUACUUGUUGGAGGGGAAGAUAUCCACCUUGAAAAUCUUCGAACUGCCUGGGGUCGACGAGUUCUCAAUGAUCCAGCACACUUCAGAAUUACACGGAUAGGAGAUGUUGGCGGUAUUAAGAUGCAGGUGAUUCCGCAGACCCAGUUUAUACCACUUCCAGAGAUCCUGUGUCUUGUGAUCCUUGACCUGAACAGUAAACAGGUGAUGGCCACACUGGACAUCAUCCACACACGCCUCACACAGUGUUUCUGUGACCUCCAGUCACCAGGUGUGCAGGUCCUCUAUGAUACACUGGGUACCCUCAUACGCCAACGAAAGGUCUUCCACAAUGGGAGUGGCUAUUUUGUGGUGACCCCUGACACAUACCGCCUGCCAACAGAUGAUCCCCAGCAGACGUAUCCAAUGAGCUGGAUGCAUUAUAACCCUAUGUACAUUCCGGUCCCAGCCAACCAACCAAAGGCCCUGCUGACACGCUCUAUAUCCUGUCAAGUCAGCUUAGUCAACCAGCCUCAAACUAUUCCUCAGACUCCACCUACACAGGCUCCACCUACACAGGCUCCACCUACACAGGCUCCACACACUCAGGUUAUACCCACUCAGGGCACACCAACAGAGGAGUCCAAACCAAGGGAGGAGAUCUAUACUGAUGGGACAGAGAUAUUACAGUCUGUAGCCAAUGAUAAACCUCGACUUGGCCGUAGUUGGAGUGUCAGACGUACAAAGAACAGGCCCAGUAAAGAGGAGCGCGACAACACUAAGUCAGUCAGCAGGUGUUCCUCCAUGAGGGGGGAUCGCGGAUGUCGAGGUGGAGAAAACCGUGACCUUAACCUUGCCAAUAGUAACCUAAACAAGGUUAAAGACAAAGGUGAGAAGAAAUCUUUGCUGUCAAAGUUAUUCGGCCGUAAAAAGAAAAAGAAAUCUGAGAAACAGCAGCAGCAACAGGAGGACAAGAAGGUUGAGUCUCCAGCCACAACAACAGCCAGCAGUGGGGAGUACGCCACAUUCUCAGCACAGUUCCCUCCCCCUGAGUGGCAGUGGUACCAGGAACAGAUGGAAAAACAGGAACGGACAACCUCCUGGCUCCAUCAGCAGAAACAUCCUGACCAGGAGGGUCACAGCCAGAUAACAGAUCACGUCAGAGGUCAACAUGGGAAACAAGUCCCCUUCAUCAACAAACAGGAUGGGUCAAGCUCUUCCGAUUAUAUUUGUCCUCAACAGCUGUUUCCAAGACAACAGAUAUAUGAAGCAAGGAGGCAACAACAGAAAAUAGUGAAUCCGUCCAAACUCAGUCCAUUCACAGAGCAAGAGGAGGAACAUUACUGCCAGAUAGAUCCCAGGUUUGAGGAAAGUUUACGCAAUCUCAGAGCCUCCACACUGCCACCUGAAGGCUACUAUGAUGGAAACUUAAUGGACAAAAAAAGUGAAUUUAAUCAUGGAUGCCAGAAGACCUCUGACAAGGCAGCCACAUUGCCUGUACAUUUACCCCAGAACACAGAGGAGAAUCAUCACAUUCACAGGAGACAUUCUGAGAGUCAUGGUCACCGCCGGCGACACGAGGUUAGUGACCGGGUCAGAGUUCGUCCUCACUCAGGAGACAGGAAACAGUUGUUGGUUCAGGCUGACCAGUGCUAUAAUUACAGUCAGGAAAGUGAGGAGACAGUUUCCCCAAACCAGCCUUCAUUUCCAUAUCAUUCUCAGCAGAAACAUACAGAUCAUGGCAUCAGUGACCCAUUGCACAGUUCUACCCCUCGUGGACUUCAGAAGGAUCCAGGAGAGACUGUUCAUAACAAUACUGUUGAUGACCUCUUCAAUGACAAAAUUCAGGGACGUGUACACAGAAGUAGAAAAUCUAGUCGACACAGACAUCGCCAUAGCAUUGCUUAUCAAAGUAACUAUCCUAAAAACGAUAUCAGCUACGAAUACCAUGGAAAACUGCCCAGGAAAAGCUCAAAUAAGGCCUUGUCUAGGGACAGUGGUGUAAAUUGUAUAGGCUUAAGUCAAGGUCAAAGUAAGACUAAAGGUCAUGUCAAGGAAGGACGUUCAACACCUUUAGAGUGCAUUACAAAACAAAGUCACGCAGAGGGUAAGAAACAACUGAGAAAUCCAAAACAGAACAACACUGAUGCAAGACAGGCUGACAAAAAACACAGCAAUAUCAGUAAUGAGGUUAUUUGUGUGGCAGAGAUCAACAGUUGUGUGCCGCCUGAGGCAAGAGAGAUUACUCCAGCAACAGCAGUUACUCCCCCUGAUGAGUUUGUGCCAUAUAGUGUGCAGGAGGAAGAUGAGGGUAUGGAAGGGGAUGUGGACAGCUUUAUUGAGGAAAGUGAACAGAGUUACGAUACAGUUAUAGACUCUCGAACGAGAAACAGCAAACGUAUAUCAGACUUGUGUGAUCAAACCAAAAAUAUCAACCUAGGGGACAGCGGCUUUAGCUCGCCACGAAAUUACGACAGUUUGCAAGACAACCAGGCGAGAAUAAAAGUAAGAUGUGAGGAGGGCUCAUAUCAAAGUUCAUCAUCUGGGGGGAGACAACCCAAACAAUCACAGAUAGUGCAGGAUUCAGUGAAGUGUCAUUCUAAAGAUCCCUCACUUUAUGAGAGAUCUGACCUAAUAGUGCUAAAUAACAUGAAGGAUGUUCACAGAGACCAGAACCUGCUUUCUAACCAUGUGAUGAACCAGGUGUCGCUUUACCCGUCAAAUCAGACAUCGCUUCCACCCGAGGCUGUACGGCUUGGUAAUAAGUCUCCAGUCCCCUUCAACUUCCAUUUUGAUGGCGACUACCAAGUUGUAGGGGUGGUAUAGGACAUUUUAACCAUUUUUGUUCUUAAAGUUAUUAUAGUUGUUUGUUUUAUCCAUGUUUUAUUGAGAACCUACAAUGUAUGUAUAGACAAGUUAUGUGUGAAAAAUUUCAGUUACAACAGAACAUAUAUUUAGUGCCUUAUGUGACUUGUUAGUCUAGGUAAAAUGUGAAUCUGUCCAGUUGAGCUGUAUGAUUGGAAUAAUGACUUUCAGUAAACAAAAUAUUGUGACCUUCUGUGGAGGGGGAAUUCCCCAGCAUUGAAGGUCAUUACUGAUUUGUACUUAACAAAUUUGAAAAUACCAAUGGGUUGUUCCUCAGGUAUUAUCCCAUUGUCAGAGGCAACAAAGGGGUGUUCCUCAGGUAUUAUCCCAUUGUCAGAGGCAACAAAGGGUUGUUCCUCAGGUAUUAUCCCAUUGUCAGAGGCAACAAAGAGUUGUUUCCUUUGUCAUAGCUCAAUUCUUUGGAAUUCCAUUGGUUAUUUUUUUAACUUCAUUAAAAAAUGGCAUACCAGGAAUUUCUUUUUACAUGUAAGACCAGAGUUUUAACCUCUAUGUAUACUAUACUCCACCAAAAGAAUAGUGGAAUUGUUUUUAGGCAAGUGAAGAGGAAUAUAGACUUUUUUAAGGAAAUAAUAGGAUAAUUUUAAUUCACAAAACCUCGACAGUGAUCGUUGUGUGUGUUAUAUUAUUAUAAUUUAGUAACUCGUCUGUGCCUACAAAUAUUGUUACAGUUGUAACCUUUGUACAUAGUAAUUUAUUUCACUCUGGACAUCAACGUCUCAGUCUAGUGCAAUUAUUUUUUCUAUAAUGUAUAGUUAGGUGUAAUGAAUGCUGUGUCAAAAUUAUCUCCCCAUGUAAUGGUGUCGAUGUAUGCCAUAUAUUACACUUGCAUUUAAGGACCGAGAAUAAUGGAAUUUACAACUGGUAAAUAUUCUUACACAGAUUUAGAUGAUUCCAUUGUAUGCUCAAUCAAAGUUUUAUUUGAAAUUUGAAAUAUCUCAAAUGGCAGCAUGAUUAUUUUCAAAAAAUAUUACUUUUCAUCUCUAUGAGUAAUUCAGUGACUCUAUGAGUGACCAAAUACAAUGCACAAUAUUUUAUCAUUGUUUUUUUCUAUGAGUAAUUCAGUGACUCUAUGAGUGACCAACUACAAUGUACAAUAUUUUAUCAUUGUUUUUUUUCAUAUUCAAUAAGCGACCCAGAUAGUGUGCAAUGUCAUCCAUCACAUUAAUAGUUGAGCAAUAUCACGUUUAUUAGCAGGACGAUAUCUUAGUGUUCAGUACCAAUGUCACACCAAUGCCAUAUCCAGGACUCUGGAAGUUUACACAAUUAGUUCUUUUAACAGUAUGUUUGUAAAUGUGCUCAGUAUUUAGGUUUUAACAAGUACAAGGCAGCUCCUAUUGCAGUUCUUACAACUGAUUCUCAUCCAUUAUAUAGAAUUAAAGCUUAGGACUUCUCAUCCAUUAUAUAGAAUUGAAGCUUAGGACUUCUCAUCCAUUAUAUAGAAUUGAAGCUUAGGACUGGAAUCUGUUUUCUUCCUUAUUUCAGAGGUUGAAAUUUAGGUUUUUUAUUUUCUUUUAAAUGUCAAAUUUUACCAAAUUAUUGAUGUUUUAUGUUGGAUUCUUAGAGACAAGAUAAAACCAUUCCAAUGCCAGUAUUUAUAAGUUGUACAACACCACAAGAUAGUGAAGAUUUAUAGAUUUCCCCCUAAAUAUUGAAUUGAAAUUAAAAACAAAUAUAUUUCAAUUGAAA